AGGCUAGCCCCGUCUUCCUGGACCAGUGGCGCCUGGUCCUCCGGCCGCACGCGCCGCUGGCGGAGGACGGACCACAAGCUCCACUCGCUGGGUCCCACCCGCAGCUGGUCCGCGACGCGGAGAGGCCUCAGCAGGGAGCUGCUGUCCCAGGUCGGCGAGAGCCUGGGCGACGACGGGCUUGUGUCCGACGCCGCGCAGGCCCGCGCGGGCCCGGGCACGGACAUCUACCUCGGCUUCUGGCAGAACUACUUCUCAGUCGGCAUGGACGCGAGGACCGCCGGCGCGGUGGACCGCUCCCGCAGCCAGGCCCUCGGCAGGUGUUGCUUCCGCCGAGGCUGCGGGAAGUUCUGCUACGGCUGGCAGGGAUUGAGGCAUGCGCUCUGGGCCCGGCUGCUGACCAAGUCUCUCGAGACGUUCGCGGUGGCGAUGCCCUCUCAGGAGGCCCUGCUCAACAGGCGCACGGUGCUCUCGAACUUUAGGACCUGGAAUUCGGUUGCGUCCAGUGGCAGCAGCGGCAAGAAGCCGCGAUCGACCACGUCCUCGGCCGAGCCGCCUCUCGAAGACUUCGGGGAGCGGCUGCGCGAGCUGAACGUGCAAGGCCGCCGGGGUCGCCUGAGGCAGUUGAUGCUGGUGAACAUCAACUCCUACGCGGCUGGACUGAAUGUGCUCCGAGAGAGCGCACUGCUGGCGCCUCCCUCUGCCCGAGACGGCAUCCUGGAGGUGCUGGCCGUGAGGAACCUCCUCUCCACGGUGUGCAUGUUCGGCGGCUGCUCGAAGCCUGCGUACCUCGCCUCGGCGACGAGAGUAGCCCUGCGGCUGAAGCGAGGCGAGUGGAUGCAGCUGGACGGCGAACCGUGGUACCUGGACGCAGGGUGUGACGUCCUGGUGGAGCGCCACCGGAGCCGUUACGAUGCUCUGCGCGCCGCCAGACGCGCCGUGGUGGUCCGGGCACGUCAACCCAGGC